GCGGCCUCUUCCAGAGCUCCGACCGCUCCGGUGCAAACGACUGGCUGCUCCAGCUCUGCCGCCAGCUCUGACCACCACGGGCCAGCUACUUCACCGGUCGGGGUCUCUUUUCCUCUGCUCAGUAGGAACAGUGCCCUGAGUCUGCAGGGUGUCAUUUCGAUGGGCUCAGUGUAUGCGAAAUGUUUGUGCGUGGUACCCACUGUGAUUGCGCGGGAGCGGUUGUUUGAUUUAAAUACCCUAGUUAGUGCUUUCGUGCCUCGGGAAAGCCCUAGUUAUUAUUUUUUUUUUUUUAAGAUAAGCAAAAUAUUUUAAAAGCUGUUCUUACUUGUAAUUUUCCCUAAGUUCUGAUUAAUGUACUAGCUCUGUCCAUUUUCAUGUUGAGAGUGCUGCUUAUGUGAGUUUCUUAAUAAUGCUAAUUUGAACAUCUAAAGAGUUACUAAGGAAAAGCUUAGCAAGGUGAUUUCCUGGUUAAUAUCCCGUUAUCCUUAUUUACAAUAGGAAGUUGGCAUUGCUACCUUAACCUUCUUCGAGGUAGCUUUAAAAACAUUGUUUUCCCGUGACUAUCUGUAUAUUUCUAGAAUUUAUUAUUGUAAAGUUGAACUAUAGUAAGUAAAACAAUUAAACGUUUAAGUCGAGAUUAAGACACUGAAGAACAAUUUAUUUACUGUCCUUUCUUUUAUUGUAGCAAAUCCUUGCUGUUCCAACCCAUGUAAAAACCAAGGUGUAUGUAUGACUGUUGGAUUUGACCGGUAUACCUGUGACUGUACCCGAACAGGAUUCUAUGGUGAAAACUGUUCAACACCCGAAUUUCUGACAAGAAUAAAAUUAUUACUGAAACCCACCCCAAACACAGUGCACUACAUACUUACCCACUUUAAGGGCGUCUGGAACAUUGUCAACAGCAUCCCCUUCCUGAGAAAUGCAAUUAUGAAAUACGUGUUGAUAUCCAGAUCACAUUUGAUUGACAGCCCACCGACUUACAAUGCACACUAUGGCUAUAAAAGCUGGGAAGCCUUUUCUAAUCUCUCCUAUUAUACCAGAGCUCUUCCUCCAGUGGCUGAUGACUGCCCAACCCCCAUGGGUGUGAAAGGGAAGAAAGAGCUUCCUGAUUCAGAUCUGAUCGUGGAUAAAUUUCUACUAAGAAGAAAGUUUAUUCCUGAUCCCCAGGGCACAAAUUUGAUGUUUGCGUUCUUUGCCCAGCACUUCACCCAUCAGUUUUUCAAAACAGAUAUGAAGCGAGGACCAGCUUUCACGAGAGGACUGGGUCAUGGGGUGGAUUUAAGUCAUAUUUACGGUGAAACUUUGGACAGACAACAUAAACUGCGCCUUUUCAAGGAUGGAAAAAUGAAAUACCAGAUAAUUGAUGGAGAGGUAUAUCCUCCCACGGUCAAAGAUUCUCAGGCCGAAAUGAUCUACCCCCCUCAUAUCCCUGAACACCUGCGGUUCGCUGUGGGGCAGGAGAUGUUUGGCCUGGUGCCUGGUCUGAUGAUGUACGCCACGAUUUGGCUGCGAGAACAUAACAGAGUAUGCGACGUGCUCAAGCGGGAACAUCCAGAAUGGGAUGAUGAGCGGCUGUUCCAGACAACCAGGCUAAUCCUGAUCGGAGAAACGAUUAAGAUUGUGAUCGAAGACUACGUACAGCACCUGAGUGGCUAUCACUUCAAACUGAAGUUUGACCCAGAGCUGCUUUUCAACCAACAAUUCCAGUACCAAAACCGCAUCGCUGCUGAGUUCAACACACUGUACCACUGGCACCCGCUUCUGCCGGACACCUUCCAGAUCAACGAGCAGGAGUACGGCUACCAGCAGUUUCUCUUCAACAACUCCGUACUGAUGGACCACGGGCUUACCCAGUUUGUCGAAUCGUUCAGCAAGCAGAUUGCCGGCAGGGUGGCUGGCGGUCGCAACGUCCCAGCUGCAGUCCGACACAUCUCCAAGGCCUCCAUCGACCACAGCAGACACAUGAAGUACCAGUCCCUCAAUCAGUACCGCAAACGCUUCCGCAUGGAGCCCUAUGAAUCCUUUGAGCAACUCACAGGAGAGAAGGAGAUGGCUGCAGAGUUGGAAGCACUCUACGGGGACAUUGAUAGCAUGGAGCUGUAUCCCGGGCUUCUGGUAGAAAAUCCUCGUCCAGAUUCCAUCUUCGGUGAGACCAUGGUGGAACUUGGAGCCCCCUUCUCCUUGAAGGGACUGAUGGGCAACCCCAUAUGCUCCCCUCAGUACUGGAAGCCUAGCACUUUCGGGGGAGAAGUCGGUUUUAAAAUCAUCAACACUGCCUCAAUUCAGUCUCUUAUCUGCAACAACGUGAAAGGCUGCCCCGCGACUUCCUUCAGUGUGAGGGACCUGCAGCCCCCCAAGGCCGUCACCAUGCAUGCGAGCCCCGCCCACUCGGGACUGGAUGACAUCAAUCCCACUGUUCUCCUCAAAGAACGGUCAACCGAACUGUAGAAGCCCACUGAUCAUAUUUAUUUAUUUAUAUAAAUGGUUGCUUUUUAAUUAUUUAAUAUUUAUAGCAAACUCCUUAUGUGACUUAACUUCUGUUAAGGAGAAAAGGGGUUACACUUGUGAAGAUUUUUGUGUCACUGAUUUAAAGAUGUCUUUUCUCCGAGUCAAAGGGAAAAACAGUUGUCAUUCGACAUCUUUUUACUUGAAUUUCAGUUUAGAUGGUUACAGUAAGAAGCAGAGCAGGGGUGUUUGGACAUUGAAACAGUGUUGCAAGAGGGCAAAAUGCUGCACAAUUCUUUCCCUACUUCCUGUUGUCACAGCGUAUCUUCCAGGGUACAUUGGGGGCCACAGCCUGCACGCUGGUCCGUUGGUUUUCUUCUAGCCAUUUUGCUAAAAGAAGCUCUUUUAAUCAGUUUACUUCUGGUUUGUUUCCCUGGUUUCAAGAUCCUUUGGACUCUGUAUCUUCUUAUCUGAACUCCUGCAAGUUUUCAGGAAACCUCAGCUCAGGACUACUACUUAGCUGCUCUUCAGGAGAAUGAAAGAACACAAAAGCUCUCAAAAAUGGCCUUGAUUAAAAGGUGUACUCAUGUGUCUUAAGUGAAAGACAGAGAACUUUUUAUUUAUUUUUAAUUUUAACUAUAUGUAACUUAAGAAGCCUACAAAGAGGCUCAGAAAGAACUGUGAGGGGUUCUUGACCAGAAGAGCGUUAUAUUUCUAUUCUAGUGAAUGUCCUUUUUCGUUUAAAAACAAAAGUAAACUGUUCCUGAAUAGUUCCCAGGAACAUAAUGCUUCUUCUUUUUCACGUCUCAUCAUCUUCUGUCUGGUACUGUACAUAACUUAAUUUAUUGAGGGUUAUUAUUUAUAUUUUGUUAGGAUAUUAUUAUUAUAAAUUGGGUUGAAGCCUGUAGUCACUGAUUUCUUCUUCCUCUUUAUGACAUUAUGUCAGAAUCUUUAUAUCUUCUUUGGGAUUACCUCUUUGAAUGUUGAAAACUGCAACAGAAAUUAUUGGAUUAAGAUGUGAAUUAAUUUUCAGGAACCAAACUCUGGUACAUAGAGAUACAAGGUUGGAAUUUAUGUCUUUAAGGUUUACCUAUACACCAGCCCACAGAGAACUUGAGUCUCAUUAGCCUGGAUGUGCCAUAAGACUGACCUUUUAUACAUUUUUUUUACGGACCUGUGGAUGCUACAUUAACUCAUUCUGUCGUAACUUAUUGAAGAGACAUUCUAUGCAAAGUACUGUAGACUUUAAUAUUUUUAAUCAAGCACUGAUUUUGGAUGACAUUAGUAUGUAUAUAAAUUAAAAGCACCUCUCUUAGGUAGAGGGAGAAGAUGAAAUUUCAUUAAACAGAAAUAACUCAGGGGAAUUUUUAUUUAAGAUUUUAUGUUUAAAAAGUUAAUGGUCAAAAAAGAAAUUGUCAAUAUUAGAAAGGGGCUUACAUAAAGAACUGUUCACUUCCCUGAUUGAAAACCUGGGUUGUUAUUAACAUCAACCUGCUGUCUGAACCUAGGAAUUCACAAUGUGUGUGUGGUUGUUUUG